AUGUCAUGGCACAGAAACCUUUUGACCACAGUAUUAACGGAAAUAAAUGUGUUGCAUAGAUAUAAGACAUCCAAAGCUCUGUGCCACAUUUCUUUUCAUCAUUACACACUGGGCACUGAUCUUGCCUUAAAGGAGAAGUUUAAUUCUUGAAGAAUGUUGUCUGAGGGGUAUCUCUGUAAAAUCCCUUAUCACGAACUCUUGAAUUACAAGCUCUAUGGUACAGAAACAGAAGAGGCAAUACAUGAGUUGAAGUCAUUAAAUGGUAUCACUUAUGAAUCAACAGAGCAAAUGCAAACUAGAAGUUUAUUUUGGAAUUAUAGAUCCAUGGAUGAAUUUAUGAUUUCUGUUUCUUCCCAAAAAAACAAAAAUAGUAAACAGCAGAAAGACACAUUGGCCCAGACUAUUCAGCAUCCAGUAUUUGAAAGGCAAACAUCUGAAGCUGUGGAAAUCUAUGUGGGAUCAUCCAUAAGCAAAGACGCUUACCUCGUCCCUUCUUCUUGUAAAAGCAUUUGUAAGAACUACAAUGACCUGCAUAUUGCUGGUGAUCAGGUGCUACCAAUGAAUUCAGUUAAAAGAGAUGUUACUUAUGACAGUGGGAUAUGCCCAUUCCUGGAAUCAUCAGAGAUUCCAUUGCCAAUAGACUCGGUUCCAAUGUUACCUGCUGAAGUCCCACGGAAGGCAUCCCAAAGAAAUUCAUCAUGCUGGCGGGUGGCCAGCAUCAUGCAACACCAACAGCCUCUCUCUAAUUCAAUUCUGAAUAAUUAUUUGGAGGAGAAAGUAGUAGAGCUAUAUAAGCAGUAUAUCAUGGAUGUGAUGGGCAGCAGAUCUCCCACUCAGAUCUUGGCUUCAGAGUUCAUAAUGACCAACGUAGAUCAAAUCAGCAUGAAGUUAUCACAAGAGACGAACUUGAAGACCACAAGAGCCAAAGAUAUGGUUAUUAACUGCCUGCUGCAAUUAGCUAGUGGAAAGGUGUCCACUGAAAUGAGCACUCCCAGUCUCCAAAUUUCCCAGUUCAGUAUUAAAUAAAGAUGCAGUUUCACUGUUACCUUGAAAUGUAGAAAUCAGUUCAAUUUCUGCAUUAUAAUGCUACCAGGAUACAGUUGACGUGCCAAAUCUUAAUUAUUUCACAUGUAAACGCUUUCAAAAAAGACUGGUUUGAAAACCAUGUACAAUCUUUUCACUCUAUGGUUUCCAUAUGCAUUCAACUUCAACCCCUAAGUAGUAUGUUGAAAAUUAGGAAGUUCUAUUCUAACUAGGCUCUCAUACACAAAUCUUAGAAAGUUCACCCAACUCUCAAAUCCUACCCUCAGGAAUCAUGUUUCCUUCUGCUUUUCUCUACAUUUUAUGAUAUCGUUCAUGUAUCAUUUUUCUCUGUCAGGGUGACCUUGGUGUUUCCCUUCCGACUUAAAAAGUUUCAGCGUUGCUUUAAUUGCAUUUGCUCCUAAGCUUUUUGUAAAAAAGCAUAAAAAGAGCAUAGAUAGGUAGGUAGGUCAGGGCAAGCUGUAUCUCAAAAAUGAUUCAAAAGAAGUCCUUUGGAUAUCUUGUGACUGUGAACACAACAUCAUCCUGCUAUUUAUCAAAGCAGCAUGAUUUUUUUCCCCCAGUUUUCCAUGUGAGACUGAAAAAAAGUAGUGGUUGCCUUAAGAGUCACAUUAACUUUAAUGAGCUAUCUCCUUAAAGCAGCCACAACUUUUUUUUUUUCUGGCCCAUGUGGAAGCCUGAAAAAGUUAAGCCGUCUUAAUGAAUGGCUGAGAAGUGCUAUGUUUAUCAAAAUUAUCUCCAAAUCAUUUUUGAAGUGUGCACAAGGUAAUAAAAUAGAAAGUGGAAUAGGAUUCAUAAGUUUUAAUGCCAGCUAAAUUGAUCAUUAAAAU